AUGACUCUGUGUGUGGAACAAGAUGACGAAAUCAUCAUCAACCCGGACACCAAUCACAACCAUCAGCCACUGCUGUCGGUGGACACCAACACCAAACGACAGUUCAUCGACAGUCGUUGUCAGACGACGGAUGAUACUAAAGAUUCUUCUACGUCUGCAAACGAAGACUGUACGAGUAGAGACGACGAAGAGGAUAUGACGGUAAAUGACGAAGACGACGGUGCAGCUGCUGUUAAAGACGAUGACGAAGGGGAGACGGUGAUCAAGGACUGUGACAAAGGUAAGGACUGCGCUUUUACCGUUUAA